AAAAAGUGGUCUCAGGGCAAACGCUGGCAGUGGGCAUUGGAAGGGCAGUAGUGCCCCGAGUGCCUGUUGCUGAUGGCAAACCUGCCCCCUCAAAAGGGUCCGGAAGCUUCCUUUGUGGGAACAUCCAGCCCACCUUUGCUUAAACCACUUCCUGGCCACGCAGAUGUGUUUCGAUUGCUAAAGUGUACUCUGAUUUCCCCCUUUCCCUCGUGGCAUUUAAUUCUCUGGAUCUUUUUGCGCCGAAGCAGUAAAUUAGGCUUUUGCGUGCAGCAAAUUGUUGCCCUUGCCCUGCUUGGGAAACUGCUAAAAUUGAGUUCCUUUUCCUAAGCAAUAUGUUUCUCCGCCUCAAACCGAUCCGUUUCAGGUGAAGCAGAUCAUGGAAGAAGCCGUCACCCGGAAGUUUGUGCAUGAAGACAGCAGCCACGUCAUUGCAUUGUGCGGGGUGGUGGAAGCUUGCCUUCUGCACAUGCUCAAGAGACGGGCAGCCGGCUUCCUGCGGACCGACAAGAUCGCCGCCCUCUUCACCAAGGUCGGCAAGACGUACGACGUUGCCAGCGACGUGUGCAGGAAAGCCCAGGAGCUGCUGCAGCAGGUAGAAGGCAGGUCACCUUUAAGAAAGCUGGAGAAUAUAGUGAGGAGUUUCAGCUAUCAGCCAGCGCCUCUUUCUCUCCUCAGCAGGAGAAGUCAGCCGGCUGGCCAGGAAUCCCUCAAGAGGCAGGCGUCCACCACGAGCAAAGCCCCUGCCCUGACCCAACAAGCCGUCAAGCACAUCUGGGUUCGCACCGCUCUGAUCGAAAGGGUCCUGGACAAGAUUGUGCAGUACGUGGUGGACAACUGCAGCAAAUAUUACGAGAGAGAAGCUCUGCUGGCAGAUCCGGUCUGUGGGCCCAUCUUGGCUUGCCUGCUGGUUGGACCCUGUGCCCUGGAAUAUACCAAGCUGAAAACAGCCGACCACUUCUGGACAGACCCCUCGGCUGACGAACUGGUCCAACGGCAUCGCAUCCACGGAGCCCACGGCCGGCAAGACUCUCCGUCCAAACGGCCAGCGUUAGGAAUACGGAAACGGCACUCCAGCGGAAGCAUGUCGGAGGAUCGCUUUGCUGCCUCGGCUAGGGAUUACGUCGAGUCGUUGCACCAGAAUUCCCGGACGCACUUGCUGUAUGGAAAGAACAACGUCCUGGUUCAGCCCAAAGAUGACAUGGAGGCCAUCCCGGGCUACCUCUCUCUCCACCAGUCGGCCGAUUCCCUGACUCUGAAAUGGACGCCGAACCAGCUCAUGAACGGGACGCUGGGGGACUCGGAGCUUGAGAAAAGCAUCUACUGGGACUAUGCCUUGAUUGUGCCAUUUAGCCAAAUUGUGUGCAUCCACUGCCAUCAGCAACCAGAGCGAGGGGGGACGUUGGUUCUGGUGAGUCAAGAUGGCAUCCAGCGGCCCCCGCUUCACUUCCCGCCUGGUGGACACCUCCUUGCCUUCCUUUCUUGCCUUGAAAAUGGCCUUCUGCCCCGUGGACAAUUGGAGCCUCCACUGUGGUCCCAGCAGGGAAAGGGCAAAGUUUUCCCCAAACUCCGGAAACGGAACACCCACAACAGGUCUGUGGAUCUGGAAGAAAUGCCAGUGGCUAUGGAGACGGCUGCAGAUUACGUCUUCAGGAUAAUUUACCCAGGCCACAGGCAUGACAACAUAACUAUUAACUACCACCACUUAGCUGCCAGCCGCUCUGCCUCCGUCGACGAUGACGAGGACGACGAAGACAAGCUGCACGCAAUGCUAUCCAUGAUCUGCAAUCGGAACCUCACAGAUCCUAAAAGGAUGAAAGAUAUCGGCGACACGUCAGAGAUGCAGGGGUUUGGGGCCAGCUUGUUGUCGUGGCAACUGGACCCGUGCAGCCAGGGGUCCUCCUGCCUCUCAUGCUCCACCGGCAGCUCCCCUUACGACGUCCCCAGCUGCUGCACCUGCAUCCACGACAGGACCCCUCUAAAAAUGUUAUGCCAAAGCAUGAAGAAACAGAUUAUUUCCAGAGCCUUCUAUGGAUGGCUCGCCUACUGCCGCCACCUGUCCACCGUCCGGACGCACCUGUCUGCCCUGGUAAGCCACACCAUCAUCCCUCCGGACAAACCCACGAGUGCCGCGGGGGGACUGACGAAAGAGGUCUGGAGCAAAUAUCAGAAGGACAAGAAGAAUUACAAGGAGUUGGAGCUCCUCCGGCGAGUUUACUAUGGUGGCGUGCAGCAUGACAUUCGGAAGGAGGUGUGGCCGUUCUUGCUGGGACACUACAAGUUUGGCAUGACCAAGAAGGAGAUGGGUCGGGUUGACGAGGAAAUUGCGCUCAGGUAUCAGAAAGUGAUGGCCGAGUGGAAAGCCUGCGAGGUGAUUGUGAAGCUUCGAGAGAAGGAGUCUCAAACGGCCACCAAAUUCUCCUCUGGCAGCAGCAUAGACAGCCACGUCCAGCGGUUGAUCCACAGGGACUCCACCAUCAGCAACGAUGUGUUUAUAUCCGUCGAUGAAAUGGACUCGGUAGAGCGAGAUCUGAAGGUUCAGGAAGACCCAUCUUUGACCGGGGGCUGCAGCGAUGCGCCAACAGUCAUUGUGGCCGUGGAGCAGCAGCAGUCGGUAGAAUUUGACUCCCCCGACUCCGGGCUCCCGUCCUCCCGGAAUUACUCCGUCACGUCGGGCAUCCUGUCCAGCAUUGAUGACGGGCAGAGUGUCUGCUUUGAGGACGGGGCUGAGGAGGAAGCUGGCUCCGAUCCACAGAGGCAAGAUUCUGACCAGGAUCCUCAAGCCAAGGGCUCAGAACCUCAGGACUUAGUAACUGAGGAACAGCUCUGUUCCCAGAUGGACUGUAAGGAACCUGCAGAGGAGGCCAUAUCUGUGUGUUCUGCGUCUUAUACGAUAGAAAUGUUGGACACUGUUGCCUUAAACUUGCACAGAAUCGAUAAAGACGUACAGAGGUGUGAUCGGAAUUAUUGGUAUUUCACUGCUGAGAACCUGGAGAAACUACGGAACAUUAUGUGCAGUUACGUUUGGGAACAUUUAGACGUUGGCUACGUCCAAGGAAUGUGUGACCUCCUGGCUCCACUCAUGGUUAUACUCGACAAAGACGAGUUGGCUUACAGUUGCUUCACCCAUCUCAUGAAGAGAAUGAGUCAAAAUUUCCCUAACGGAGGUGCCAUGGACACACAUUUUGCAAACAUGAGGUCCCUGAUCCAGAUUCUGGAUUCUGAACUCUUUGAACUGAUGCACCAGAAUGGGGAUUACACUCACUUCUACUUUUGCUACCGCUGGUUCCUGCUGGAUUUUAAGAGAGAAUUGUUGUACGAGGAUGUUUUUACAGUGUGGGAAGUUAUUUGGGCAGCAAAGCACAUCUCUUCAGAACAUUUUGUCCUUUUCAUUGCCUUAGCACUGGUAGAGGCCUACCGAGAGAUUAUCCGCGAUAACAACAUGGACUUUACUGAUAUCAUCAAGUUUUUUAAUGAAAUGGCAGAGCACCACAAUGCGCAGGAGAUCCUGAAGAUUGCGAGAGAUCUGGUCUGCAAAGUGCAAACGCUGAUCGAGAACAAGUGAGCGAGGAGGAACUAGAGGGUUUGCCUGAGGCGACGGCAGCAGCAACAACUGCAACCUGGCCUGCACCCUUUUAGGGGGAGGAAGGGGGAACGAGAAUUUGCCUGCACUUGUCACUUCAAUUAAUGGUUUUCUGGCAUCUUCUUCCAUGUAAUAAUGUUUGUAAAUACCUGAGAGAGUUCUUUUCAGGAGAAGAAAAAGCACACAGGAAAAACAAGGUGGCUUCCCACCAGGAGUUGAGGUUGUGUGUUGGUGUGUGUGUGCGCGCACACACACCCGAGAGUCUUUGCUGCAGACUCUGUAUUUCAGGGCCAAAAAAUAUUUGUGUGUCUUUCGUUUCUCCAGUUUGUUGCGUUAAUUGAGUUUCCCAGCACAGGGAUCGUCAAACGGUGGCCAGCAUGGGCAGAAGGGAGACUUGAUGUGUGUGCCCCCCACUGUAAUUUGUGCAAGGCCUUGUCCGUCUCCGAACCCACCUACCCACUUUCAGGAGAUCCUUCCCGACGCCCCACCUUCUCGCCAGUAUUUCAAGAGCACCUCCCUGUUCUAAGCGAGCAGCAUCUAUGACAAGCUGCACCGAAUUCUGUGACGAGAUUGGGCAUAGAUCGAGGUGGGGCAUCCUUCUGAGGUUGCGCAUGGACCAAGGAUUUUAUGCCAGAAAAUGAGCCUGUAUAUCUCUGAAGCUCGUCUGCAAACCGGAAGGCCCCAUCUCCUCCCAGCGUUUGCGGCAUGGCGGAAGCUCUGUGGAAGUUAAGCACCAAAAAACAGGCUUCCCUCUACUUAUGUCGCCCCUAUGAAGGGUUUUAUCCUGAAGUGUUUGGCCCUGAAUGGGGAAACCAUGAUAACCAGCCACGGACAGAGAAAGCUCACCGAAAAAUAGUGGGAAAGGGAAGGCAGCAGGCAGGUAGUCCCGGUUUUUUUCUGCACAACAAUGAGGGCUAAGAACCUUGAUUUUCCUUUU